AGCGGUGACCCCCGGCCUCAGCCCGAGGAGUCCCGCGGCGCGAGUCCCGACGACGACCUCGCCUGGGGGCGGUGGGGCCAUGGGUACCAAGUGGUUCAGCGGGGCGCCCUUCGGGGUGCAGAGCCACAGGUUUGAUGUCUCUGCUGUUUACCCCAACCAGAAGAAAUUCAGCACCUUCACGGAGGCCCCAUACUCCCGGCUUCAUUCUGUGGACCUGUCCCACAUAGGACCUGGGACCUACAGCUCCAAGGAGACCUGCUUUAGCAAGAAGAAGCUCAAAAAGGAGGUGGGCACAGGCUGGGCCAGGACCGAGGAAGCCGUCCGGCUGACCCAGCUGCCCCACUUCCAGUACCAGGCCAUCAUGAAAGAGAAGCAGCUGCAGAAGGAGAAGCUGGGGCCCGGCUCCUACAACCUCAAAGACUUCUUAGAACUGCUGAAGGAGAAGCCCUGCAGCACCCGGGGGCUGCUCAGCUCGGGGGAGAUUCGUUUCCGGGGACUCAUUGGGAACUACUAUCCAGGCCCUGGAAAUUAUGGGGUGAAGGGCAACCCAUACACAAAGCUGGAGGAGAAAGCCUGCAGCCGCUUUCAUUCUGAGGGCCUCAUGUGUCGGGUGACCAACAAGGUGCCCCCCACGGCUCAUCAGGGGAGUGGUCUGGCACCAGACACCUACUCUUUCAAAAGUGGCAUUGAGGCAUACCUGGCAAAAUCCAUGGGCACCCGCGGCUUUUACGACACGUUCUCUGGUGACCGCAGCAAACCCCAGCCUUACGGACAUUACUCGGUGCAGAAAAAAAAGCCCAGGGAACUGAUGAAUUUUACGAGCUUCGUGGAAGAACUUAACUCACGUCACAAUAAGAAGCGUGGGGUUUUUUCGAAAAUUUCUCGCAACCCGGAAACCCCUACAGAAAGGAUUUACUGGGCCACCCUUAGCCAGUGCCCCCGAAAACUAGCCACGUCUGGUCCCGGUUCAUGGCUUCCUCCAAAGAAGGAAUGCAAACACGUCAACCAGCCACCGUUCCUGCUGUCUUCCAAGUGGAUGGGCAUAAAGGCCUACCAGAUGAUUUUGGGAAGCUGGCUCCGUGAAUGGCCACAGGUCGGACUCAUCCAUGCAACCAGCCCCAGAGCGCUGAAGAGCACAUUUCCGGCACCCCAGGACCCCCACAACACACACCUCCCUCCCCAUCAGAAUCCCGUAGGGGUGGGCCGCUACCUCAACACCUGGCUGGCAGAGACCAAGGACCAUCGACAGCGAUAUCGGUCCCUGUUCCUGGGUGGAUCCAAGCGCUACCCCUCAGACCCGGCCAGGGACAGGCUCAUGCAGGAAAGGAUCACACCUUUCACCAAGGGGAGGUGCCCUCCGAUGGUGGAUUACAACUCAGAUCCUAGUCCUCAAAGCUGCAUAUGAAGGACAGCCUGUGAUGACCAGAGGGCCCAAAGGCCUGAAGACAAGUUUGGGGAUGGGAGGGUCGGAGUGGGAAUCCGGAGCGUGGGGAGGGUCUUAGAGAAAGGACACAGGGAGAGGGGAGGGAUACGGUGAUCUCACUUUUGCUGGAGACAUCCUCCUGGAGGUCACCAUGUCUGCUAGGACAGCCGGGGCCAGAGAUCUUUUGAUAUGGAAGAUCAACUAUCUUGAGAAUUCAAAUUGGCUGGUGGCACGAACAUGGGAGCUGAUGGACUAAUGGAACCUCCUCUAUUCUAAAGCCACAUCGCUUGACUCCUUGAUUAUUAAAAUCCAAAAAGAGGCUGAAAA